AUGGCGUGUAAGAAAACCCUAACUCAGCGCCUCUUAAACAUCACAAAAAUGUCGUCGCAAUCUCUCUCAAAUUGUCGCAUUUCAUCGUCUUCUUUUCAAUCGCGGAUCCCUUCCACCGCCGCGAAUCGCGACAUUGCCCCGGAGCCCGGAGACGACGGUGUUUUCCGUAGGUUUCUUCAUAAGAGAGCCGGUUUCCAACCCGAGGUCAGAUCUCCGCCUCCUGCCGGGGAGAGUCUGAUCCAGAAACUCCGGGAGAUGGACAUUGCGAGGAACCGGAUCCGGUUGGACGGGUUGAGUCCGCCGGAGAAGGAGGAAUCGGCGGUGGAAGUCCAAGGUGUUCGGAAAUUGCUGAGAGCGGCGCAGCUUGAGGCGGUGAAGUCGAAGCUGAGGAAGAUCCAGCAGAAUUGCGUGACGUACUCGGAGUUUAUUCAAAUGUGCGGCGAGAAUUGUUCCGAUCAAGAACAAGCGAAGCAGAUUGCGAAAAUUCUGGAUGAUUCCGCAACUGUAAUCAUCUUAGGCGACGUCGUUUUUCUGAAACCUGAACAGGUAGCAAAAACAAUCCAGGCUCUACUCCCUGUACCAAAUAAAAAACGUAACGAUGCAGAAACAAAAGAACUUGAAGAAAUGGAGAAAGUGAAAGCAGCUAUUGACAACAAAGCUGAUGCAAAGGUCCGCUGUGAGCUCUGGGGCGGACUCGGUUUUCUGAUGGUACAGACAGCAGCAUUCAUGAGGCUCACAUUCUGGGAACUUAACUGGGAUGUAAUGGAGCCCAUAUGCUUCUAUGUGACAUCAAUGUACUUCAUGGCUGGCUACACAUUCUUCAUGAGAACAUCCAAAGAACCUUGCUUUGAAGGUUUCUAUCAGAGCCGUUUCAGCACUAAGCAGAAGCGCUUGAUGAAACUUCACAAUUUUGAUAUUGCAAGGUAUAAUCAACUCAAGGAUGGUUCGCCACUGGCAUCAUCUUUUGAGUUGAAUUCAACCACUGUUCAUCCAUUGAACCAAUUUCAGAGAACUUUUUGA